AACAACCGUGUCUCCUGUCAGGACGGUCCAUGAAUGAAAACACUUCUUUCUUUUUUUUUUUAGCCUGCGAGCUAACAGCAGCAUGUCAGCUGUUUAGCUUUGCAUUAGCUCGCUUCGCUUUGCUCGGCUGGUUAAAGACAGUCCUCCAUGUGCCGGAGGUGCAUGCAUUAAAACAUCCAGUACGUGUGCUAACAUAGCAAGCCUGCAGCAGCUGGAUUUCAUCUCUGCACAUGCAUCUGCUGGAGGGGACCCUGCUGCUGUUUGCAGGGUUGUGCAUCAGCAAACAGGAUUUUUGAGUGUUUGCAAACUUUAAAAAGAAAAGGGCCUGUCACUGCUCACAGUGUGUGUGCAUGCAUGUGCAAACAUUAGCUGUCCCCAGUUGGUCCUACCAGUCAGCUCCACGUUGUCUGACUGCAGGGAGGGAGGGAGGGAGGAGGGAGGAGGGGGUUAAAAAAAAAAAAGAAGAAGAAUAGAGUUUCAGCUGGUACACUUUGUGAGAGGAGCAACAGUUCCCUCCCUUCUCUCUUAAACUCCUUCCUCCCUUCCCUUUCCUCCCUCCUGUUCACUAUCAUCUCAUCUUGUCUGCAAAAGCUUUAACUUGCAGCAGUAUUGAAAGAGACAGAGACAGAGAGAGGGCAUGACAGAUCUGUAGGGCUGCUCCGAGUUCAGGAUAAUGGAUGAAGGAUAAUAUACAAGGAGUCACAUCCCCUCGACCCGACGUGACCCCGGCUUUCCCCUUAUUCCACUUUCAUCUGCACUUUUGCAAUCUCCUCCUUUUUUGCUGAACUUCUGCGAGUCCUGACUCAGCUCUACGCGCCGUCUCUAUGGGAUUUCAUGGACUGCACGUAUUCCACCGUAGGAUCAUGUAAAUUCAUUUUAAAUCAGACAAUCCUCCUCCUGACCAAAAGACAGGAUGAGUCUUGAAUUUGAAACGAUUACCAUGUGACCAGAUAUCGGAUUCCUACCCAUCGUUGUUGCCACUUUGGUCUGUAGGAUUCUCACUCUGGUCCCCGUCACUUGUUCCCUGCCUGCAGCCUUUUCCACUACUCCAUCCCUUAUCUAGUGUCAUUGGGCCAUGGUUCGCAAGAAAGGUUCUCUUAUACUAUGCGGUGCUUUCCUGUUUGUCGCCUGGAACGCUUUGCUUCUACUUUAUCUUUGGGGUCGCCCUCCGAUCGGCCGCCUCGGAGAAGGUGGUGGCGCCGAACCCGGAGGAAAGGAGGAAUGGGGCGUGGGCAAAGGGAAAGGUGGUCGCAUCAACCUGGCCGGGGAGGUGAUCCGGCUGGCGGAGGAGGUCGAAGUUCAACUCGAGACACAGAAGAAGCUACUGAAGCAGAUUGAAAGUAACAGGGCGGUGUGGGCUCGGCAGAAAGACAUCGGAAAAAGAGAAACAGAUGAUACAAAAGAUGUCAAAGAACAGGGCGUCCACCAGCCGCAGAAACCUCCACUUCUCAAAGUGGAGGGGAACGACAGGGACCAAACUGAACUAAAACAAACAGAGAAACCUGUUCCUACAGUAGCUUCAGACUCAAAGUUAGAACAGCAACAGGCCGUCGAAAAGAACGAAGAGAUCGUCGAGAACAAUGAAGUGGCGACUUCGGUCUCCAGCCCAGAAGUCGUCAUCCCCAUUCUCGUUAUCGCUUGCGACAGAGUGACGGUAAAACGGAGCCUCGACAGACUGAUACAGUACCGCCCUUCCCCAGAACUAUAUCCAAUCAUCGUCAGUCAGGACUGCGGCCACGGCGAGACGGCUCGUAUGAUUGGCUCAUACGGAGAUCAAGUGACGCAUAUAAAGCAACCGGACCUCGGGGACAUCAGAGUCCGACCAGAGCACAGAAAAUUCCAGGGCUACUACAAAAUCGCCCGACAUUACCGCUGGGCGCUCAACCAAGUGUUCAACACGUUCUCGCACUCUACUGUGGUCAUAGUGGAGGACGACCUGGAGGUUGCACCCGACUUCUUCGAGUAUUUCCGAGCCUUGUACCCGAUCUUGAGCUCCGACCCCAGCCUGUGGUGCGUCUCCGCUUGGAACGACAACGGCAGAGACGCCUUGGUGGAUCCAUCCAAAGCCGAGCUCCUCUACAGAACAGACUUCUUCCCCGGUCUGGGCUGGAUGCUGCUGAAGGACAUGUGGGACGAACUGGAACCCAAAUGGCCCUCUGCCUUCUGGGACGACUGGAUGCGUCAACCGGAGCAGCGCAAGGGCCGUUCCUGCAUUCGUCCGGAAAUCUCCCGGACUAUCACCUUUGGCCGGAAAGGCGUCAGUUUAGGUCAAUUCUUUGACCAGUACCUUCGCUAUAUUAAGCUAAACACUGAAUUUGUGCCUUUUACCAAACAGGAUUUGUCUUAUUUGCUUAAAGAGAAGUAUGAAGAAAAGUUUAUCAAAGAGGUUUACAGCGCCCAACUGGUAAAGAUUGAGGACCUCCAACAAGGGGGCAGCUUAAAAGGCCCUGGACCUUUCAGGGUUCAGUACUCAAGUCGGGACAGUUUUAAAGUCUUCGCCCGAAAUCUGGGGGUGAUGGAUGACUUGAAAUCUGGAGUUCCUCGUACAGGUUACCGAGGAGUUGUCAGCUUCUUGUAUCGAGGUCGAAGGGUGUUCUUGGCUCCACCAGAGGGCUGGACGCAGUACGACAUCAGCUGGAGCUGAGCGACUGAUCCAGACUGUACAAUGUGAACGGUGUUGAAGAGGGGAGGAACACCCUCUCAGACCAAAGAAUAUCUGCUAAGACGCAGUGGUUCAUGAAGGAAUUAAAGCGGCACAGAUCAGGCUGCAAAUCAGCGGAGCUGGAAGAUCGAGGCCUGUUUGUUUAGGGAAGCUUCUAGGGUAUAGGGUGCUCAUUCAGGAUCAGCAAGUUCGACGGCCACACAGACUUCACGGAGUCAAAACUUUUGGGGAAAGGGAAAUUCCACCCUUAAAACAC